UGGAUAAUUGUAUUUCACCCAUCAACAGUGAGAAGGGGUACGUGGGGAAAAUAUAGAGGGACCCACAACAAGGCAGACGCAACACAUGAAUGUGCGUCAAAGGAGAGGUGUUCAACCAGUCUAGAGGGAGUAUUUCUUCUGCACUGACUGGCGAUAUACAAAUGGUCUUGUUUUGAGUGAGGGAGGAAGCCAGUGCGUUCUGGGUGUGAGGCUAUCGGCACGCUGCAACAGAGGAGAAACUACUUCCCCACACUGUCCACUAUCUAUUGUCUAGACCUUCGAACUUGCACAUGCAUUGUAUCAUAUGAUCUAUGUGAGAGUGCACAAAUGCAUUGCAUGUAUAAGCUGUAGAUUGUUGGAUGUAAACUAAUUAUUAGCCUGAUAAAUUGUGGUCAGAGCUAUUGGCCAUCAUCCCAACGCGCAAUUUGAGUUGGCGAAGAGCGCGCACGGAGGAUCAUCACUAGGUGGAUAUUCGUUCCCUCUUGUGAGAUAUCAGUGGAUUGUCGGUACUGGAGAGUCCUGUCUGACAUACGUAUAGAGCAAGAGAACAGAGAGAGGAGGCUAUGAUUGCUGUGGGGGAAAACUGACAGGAGCAGCUUGGUGAACAAACGGCUCUCGAGACGCAAUGAGAAGUCGGGACACGAAACCUUUGGAACUAUAAUAGGCCUAAUAUAUAGCGUUAUAUUAGUUCAUCCUAUGAAACAUACUCAUACAAUUGUUGAGAGUCCGAGACCAAGGAAGGGGAUUUCGUUGUUAACCCUGUAAACAAGGCUUUAAUGCAUUUAUAGGCUAUACAACCUGCUGGAUUUUCCACCUGACUCGCCGCAGGUUCUUACACCAAACAUACUGACUGACGCCUAUGAACAUCGAUGGAAUAAUAUAUCAGAAGACAAAGAUAAGCCUGACGACUGUAUCAUUCUUCGUCCAAUCCACCGAAUAAUUCAUAGGCUACAUCAACUCCGGGACCCCAUCCAACGACAGUCAAUACAGAGGAAAAGAUUAGUAAGAAUCUUGAAAUCCGCACUGGGUUGUGCGUUGAAAUCUAAUCAGAUUCCAGUGGGUUGCCGAGUAGCAAGGGGAAGCGUGAGAAAAGUUCCAGCUAAAAGCGUGACAGCGGGAAGACAACUAUCAACCUCUUUAUUUUUGCUCAAUAUGUAUGUCGAUGAUGUUCAGCCGUAGAUUAUGAUGAGGUUUGAGGAUGUUAUCAAUCUGGGGGUCCACGGCUGCGUGAGACGGUGUCUUUAGUGGUCUGGCUCUGAAGAGGUUGGUUUGUUUUUAUUGAAAAUAAAAAUAUAAGGGCUGGAUCUGGGAAGAGCUCGGAUAUCUCCUGAUUCACGAAAUGGUACCGGACAGCGACAUAGAUAUAAUUGUGCCUUGUUAACCUCACAGCGGGAUAUCGCUUUGCAUCGAACCAUUAGUUUCAACAGUGCCUCCGUAUUAUUUGCUUCUUGAAAAAUAUGAUUAUGGUGCUGGAUAAUUUGACUCUAUUAUCAAUGUGCAAGUCCUAAAUCUCAACCGAUUGAUUGAUAUUCAUUGAUGGAUUAAAUUCUACAUCGUUUGCAAUCUGGGGACCGGAUAAGGUGUGUGAAAGUAUCACCACGGAGUCUGCCAAAUUGCUUGAGAAUUGCGGAUGUAUUUUCGAUGCAGUUUUCGAGGGGAAGGAGCUGAAGAGCCAACUGUCGUUGUUUGAAUCAGCUAUCCUGCUAACAUCAGCAUCUUUGGUGACAACUAAAGUUGAAACCUACCCAGCUGAACGUGUCUUCAAAGGGUAAGCCAGCAGCCGAAAGCGAGCAAACGUGAGGAUGGCCAGAAACCACGGAGACUGUAAAUAAAUUGGCAGCUCUCCCCAACCCCGCCUCUUCCCAAAGAGUGGAUGAUCCAGCCAAUGAAUUAUGAAUGUUGAACAAAAUGACCUCUUCUUGGCAGCAGCAGACGAUGAGAGGUCCUAGGUGGAACCGGGUCCUGUCCGACCCUUUGUUCGUGCUGCUUCUGGCCCUCCAGCUCCUGGCGGUGGCGGGCCUAGUGCGCGCGCAGACCUGCCCAUCUGUCUGCUCCUGCAGCAACCAGUUCAGCAAGGUGAUCUGCACCCGUCGGGGACUACGUGAUGUCCCAGACGGCAUCUCCACCAACACACGAUAUCUGAACCUUCAGGAGAACCUCAUCCAGGUGAUCAAGGUGGACAGCUUCAAGCACCUGCGGCACCUGGAGAUCCUCCAGCUCAGCAAGAACCACAUCCGCAACAUUGAGAUUGGGGCUUUCAACGGCCUGGCUAGUCUCAACACCCUGGAGCUGUUCGACAACCGCCUCACCACCAUCCCCAACGGGGCCUUUGAGUACCUCUCCAAACUCAAGGAGCUGUGGCUGAGGAACAACCCAAUCGAGAGCAUUCCCUCGUAUGCGUUCAACAGGGUGCCCUCACUACGGAGGCUGGACUUAGGGGAACUGAAACGCCUCUCGUAUAUCUCAGAGGGAGCUUUCGAGGGGCUCAGCAACCUGCGCUACUUGAACCUGGGCAUGUGCAAUCUGAAGGAGAUUCCCAACCUCAUACCCCUGGUCAAGCUGGACGAGCUAGAGAUGUCAGGGAAUCAGCUGACGGUCAUCAGACCCGGCUCCUUCAAAGGGCUGAUCCACCUGCAGAAGCUGUGGAUGAUGCACGCCCAGAUCCAGACCAUUGAGAGGAACUCCUUUGAUGACCUGCAGUCGCUUGUGGAGCUCAACCUGGCCCACAACAACCUCACUCUGCUGCCUCAUGAUCUCUUCACCCCCCUGCACCACCUGGAGAGAGUCCACCUCCAUCACAACCCCUGGAACUGCAACUGUGACAUCCUGUGGCUCAGCUGGUGGCUCAAAGAGAUGGUGCCGGCCAACACCAGCUGCUGCGCCCGCUGCAGUUCCCCAGCAAGCCACAAGGGGCGCUACAUUGGUGAGCUGGAUCAGAACUAUUUCCAUUGUUAUGCACCGGUUAUUGUAGAGCCUCCGGCUGACCUGAACGUGACAGAGGGCAUGGCAGCGGAGCUGAAGUGCAGGGCCAGUUCUCUGACCUCAGUCAGUUGGAUUACACCCAAUGGCUCCAUUAUGACCCACGGUGCAUACAAGAUCCGCAUUUCCGUGCUAAACGAUGGCACUCUCAACUUCACCAACGUCACCAUGCAGGACACGGGCACCUACACCUGCAUGGUGAGCAACUCAGCCGGCAAUACCACAGCAUCUGCCACGCUCAACGUGUCAUCCACAGAGAACGUCCUCAGCUACUUUACCACAGUGACAGUGGAGACCAUAGAGCCAGUGCAUGACGAGGGGCGCACCACAGUUGGGCAUAAUGUGGGCCCUACCCCCUCUGCCGGCUCCUGGGAGACCGUCUCAUCCACCUCUACCACCACCACCACGGCCCGGACACCCCUCUCCACACGGGUCACAGAGAAGACCUUUACCAUCCCCGUCACAGACCUGAACGGUGGCUCAAUGACCGGCCUGGACGAGGUGAUGAAGACCACCAAGAUCAUCAUAGGCUGCUUUGUGGCCAUCACCCUCAUGGCCGCAGUCAUGCUCAUCAUCUUCUACAAGAUGAGAAAGCAGCACCACCAGCAGAAUCACCAUGCACCCCAGCGCACCAUCGAGAUCAUCAACGUGGACGAGGACUGUGUGACGGGCGGGCCGGCCAUGGAGGGCCACCUGACUCUUCCCCCGCUCGAGCAUGAGCACCUCAACCAUUACAACACCUAUAAGACUGCGUACAACCACGUCUCCACCAUCAACUCCAUACACAGCUCGGCGCACGAACCUUUGUUAAUCCGGGCCAGCUCGAAAGACAAUGUACAAGAGACCCAGAUCUAAAACUUUUUUCAUAAUGAGACGAACUGAUAAAAUUACUAAUAGGGACAUUAGUUAUGAGGACUAUGAAUGGGAAGUGGAGGACUUGACUCACUGUGUGUCCAGGGUAUCAGUGGUUGAUGUUUAUUCAAUGACAUUGGGAAGGAACUAGGGUAUGUCUAAUGUUUCAAAAAGUGUCUUUACAAAACAGAAGUUAUUUAUUUAAGAAAAAAUAUAUUGUGGUUAAUCAAGAAAAAAACUGUAUUCUGCAAUUAUUUUUUCAGUACUUAUUUCAUCAGAUGUUUUGUUUUUCUUCAUUUGAGGGAGGGUGGUUUACUAAUAUGCUUAUAUGUGAAUCUAAUGCUAACCAUAAGUGUGUAUGUGAUGGCAAGUUGGCAAUCACUUUUUACCCCACAUACUUUGAGAAUAUCUAGAUAACCGCAGAGAUUUCCUCCUGCCACAAAUUAAUUGAUGAAAUCUUUUGUGACCAUCUGUUAAUUUAGAUGGAUUAAAAGCUUGGUGGUUAUCUGAGGGUGAACGCUGGGACUGUCAGCGAUGAAAUCUGAUAAUAACACAAUAUUUCAUUAAAUCUUCCACUCAAAUGCAUUAGACACAGAUGUACACUUGGCUCUGCCAUCGAUAGAUUGGGGACGUUAAACGAGGGAAGUGUGUUCCAAACUAACCCAAGGCCAACUGUUAGCAACAAGCGAUUCAUAGUUUUUUCACUGUGUUUAUUUUGCCAGAAAAUCACACGUUUCACACAGUGUUUUUGUCUCAUUUACACAUUGUGCAUUUAUACUAUUUGUGAUUCCUUCUUUAUUCUAUUUGCUCUAAUCCAUCAUAACUUUGUGAGUCACACAAAGAUGCUUUAAGAUCACUUUGGCAAAUGUAGUCAGGCAUAUGAGAGCUCCCUGAAUGUCACACCCCUUGUUUCCAUCUGACACCAUCUGUUAUAAUGGUGUGCCAUUCCAUCACAGAUAUGGGCGCAUUUCCAGAAGAUUGCUGUAUCAUAUUAAUGUCGUUCCUGAGAAAUUAAGCACUUCUCCAGGUGUUGAAAGAUCUAAUAAUUUGUCCAAAAGAAGAUACCUAGAACUCCCCCAAUAAUUCUGAUGAGACUCCUGUAUGAACUCUCUGUGACCUCUGACCCCUGACUUCAAGGAGCUGACUGGUGAGUGGGAGAGGGGGUUUAGGACCCCGAACACAGCUGUUUCUUCCAGCACAUUGCCUGUCGUCUGUAGUCUGUUCCCACAUUGGGCACGGCAGCCUCAGAUUCACACCGGGAUCUUGCCAAGUGCAGGAUGAAGCCCAGAGGACAGAGUGCCAGGGCUUUUGCAGAGAGAGGAUUUAGGUAUGAAGCGUGUGACGUCGGGCAUCAAGCAGAUGUUCAGGUCACACCUGCAUCCCUCUACCUCAGCCAUGGCACCAUUUCCAUUUUAAUUGAUGUGCCUGCAGGGGCUUUGGGUGGACAGCUUUUCACAGGCACCCUGUUCCCUGGAAAACGUUCAAUAGGCCCCACAGUGAAAGAUGGUGCCAUAAAUACAGAGGCCAAACAAGUACCCUUCACAUCCAAGGCUUAGCCACAUGCCCCAGGUGUCUCUUUAUAGAUGAAGUGAACUGAUAUUUUUUUCUCCCUUUUACUUUUGAUCUCCACACCCUCCAUAAUGUCAAACAUCUAAGAAAGAGUAUGCAACACUCCUUUUUCAUUCGGUUCAAUUCUGUUUCUGAGAAAAUAAAUGAUUGUGUAGUAUUUUACAUUUUCCAGAAGGUUGGGGGUAAAUUCUUAUCAUUGUUUCCCAUCCAGAUGUCAUCUAGUUCUUCUCUGGGAGAAAGCACUAUUAAUGAUAUGAUGUCAAAUACAGUAGUGGGCUGAUUCAUUCACCAUAGAAUUCAUGACCUUGAGCGGAAAGGCAUGAGCUAACAGAUUUCCUAUUGGCUAGAUGCUUUACUCAUUACUCAUAGUCAAAUGGAAAUAUUUCUAUGGAUAGUGUUAAUGGAAAUACACCUCAACUAUGUUACAAUAUUUUUACAGUGACGUAAUAGCAUGUCAUCCCCUUGCACUUGACCAGUGUUUGGCAUUUAACAAUAGGGUAUAGAGGUUGUUGCAGAUGAUAAUGCGAAGUUGUGUCAUCCCAGUUACUUUUCCACUUAAACCCAGACAGUAGGGGAUGCAGAACCAGAGAAUAGAUAAAUGAUGCAAUCAGUAUAAAAGUCACUUCUAUGGUAUACUUUUGGCAGCAAUUUCACAGAAAGACGUAAUCCACAAAGAUGAAUGAAUAACUUAUUUUAAUGUCAUGUGGGACUUAAUGACGUCAUUAAUAAUUAAGUUAACUCCAUCUCACAUGAGCUUCUACAACCCAGUUUUAGUCAACAUGAAACAAAUAUGUUCCUCAGUGUGACAUCCCUGCCAAUACAAUAAUUACUCAUGGUGAAACAUGUUUACAUGAAGUUUUACACAGUGGUAAACCAUGUCUUUGUGUGUUUGGGGAUCAUGGUGUGGUCUGGAUCCAAAAGUUUGAAAUAAGAGUUUAUCCAUCUUCCCUUCUCUUUCCUUCAUCAUUUGGAGUCUUUUAUGGUGAAUCUAUUGAAAUUUAGUCAACCCAUCUCAUUCUGUAUGUACUGUAUCUCAAUGUUUUGGUUGGGUAGAUGGGGCAAGAUGUUUUUCUUUCAGCGUCAUUUUUAUUUUUCUCUGAAAGGGAAUGCUGUUCUAGUGGUAGAUUUAUAUCAAGAUACAUUUUGAAAUAAAAUAAAACAAAAAAAACAUUUGUAAAUUUUAAUUUUACAUGUGCCAACAAACUGUUCAACAAGUGAAAAAGAGAAACAUGCUGUAAAAGAAUAAGAAAUUGAUUAUCAUGUAAGUAUACUUUCAUGACCUUUUAAAAAAGAUUAAGAUUGAUUAUAGAAACCAGAGUUUGUAGUUCAUACACAAAAAUAAGGUUACAAAUAAACUAUUGUUGUUUUUCUGUA